AUGGCGGAAAACGGAGCAACAGCACAAAUACCAGCCAAUCCGGCUUAUUUUUCACUCGUUUCAGAGACACUAACCGGGUCAAUAUGCCAUGUGAUAAAAGUGAACCGGGUCAUCGCCCGGCUGUCUGAAACAAGUGCGCCCAUUGACCUGCCCACAAUUGUUUGGGUCAACAUCUUAGACUACCUUGACCUAAAUAACAGGUACCAUGUCUCAGUCACCUGUUCAAGACUUAAUGAAGCGUUUAAUCAUCCUACUUUAUGGCGGAAAAUGAAAUUAUUCGUUCUGGGAAACAACGAAAAUUAUGGUUUUUAUAAUCAGGUCGUGAUACCAACCAAAAGCAUCAAUCUUGUCAAACAUUUUGGAAAAUAUUUCCAACAUUUAACAUUUGUUAUUAGUGGACAUUUGGAUCAAGACUUUGGUAACUGGAAUGAUCUCGUAGAGGAAGUUUCUAAAGAAUGCAGACUUGAAACGUUAACACUGUACGCAGGGGUUUUGACGUCAAUCCGCCAUUUUGCAGGGAAUCGAUCAUGCAGUCGAAAUUUGAAACCUCUUGUAAAUAUUGUAAAGAAUGCAUUUCGCUUGAAGAACCUGAACAUUGUCUCUUGGCCCAUGUUUCCUCGAAACUUGGAAAAUCUAGAUGAAAACAUCUUCGAAGCAGCCAUGUUAAAUCCUAAACUUAAAGAUCUGGAGCACAUGAGUUUGUUUUGGUCCAACACAAAUGUAUGGACAGAAAGACAACCGAUCCUGCUUUCUCCCAGGGAAACAGCUGACUUUGUCGGACAUUUUAGUAAUCUGAAACAUCUAGCUCUGCGUUCUCCUAUGAUGAACGAGCAGCUCCUGGAAGUUCUAUCAUCCAAACAGAGACAAACAUUGAAACGCCUACAAAUACUCGUCAAUUACAUACCAGAAGAUCCUGAUUUCGCAAUUCCUGAGAUAUCUGACAGGGUUUGGGAACGUUUUUGUUUGAAGAACGUUGGUGUAGAGGUAGAACUAACUGUAAUGUCUCGAGUCCCUCUAGUGGAAUUUUCAAAUCUGUUAAAACCUUCUUGUCCAGUUUCUGUCACGAAAUUUAUGGCGUAUUCUCGUUGUGACGAAAAUGUUGUACAAUAUGUUACAGAUAAGUACAAAAACACACUGAAAUGCUUCGAAUCAUUUGGAGAAGACACGGCUUUUGAAAACGAUCUCGUAAGCAUGGUGGAAAAAUCGCCAAACCUUCUUCAACUUAUAUAUCGCGGAAGAAUCAGUUGCGAAAACGUAGAACGGCUCGCAGCGCUCCGAUCUAAUUCAUGGAUGACCUUUGAUUUUUUAAGGGAGAAUAUAUAUGUAAACAAUACAGAGGAUCAAUACGAUGAAGAUCAAGUGAUUGCUAGAGGCCCGGAUGGAAAAUACGUCCUUGUGGCGAUGCUCAGGUUUCAUCAGAGAGAACAAAUGGAACGAGAGAACGAUGUUAGGAAACAAGAAAUGAUUAAAACUGUGUCAAAGUCUGUCGGAUAUAAAUGGAUUCCCACGCCUAAGAAAAUUCAGCAGGUGGCACAGAAUUGAAAAUACAAUGUAUGAUAUUUAUAGGAGUACGGGUUUAUUUUUUCCGUAAAGUUCGUGGAAAUAUUGAUAAGGCAAAUACUGGAAUGUGAAAAUAUUAUUUUUUAAAUUUAAUUCAUUUUAUAAAUAUGCAAGUUUUUAUCACGAACAAAGAAUACUCAUAUCCGGAGCACUAAAACGAAAAUCCUUGACAUUACGUCAAAAGCUAAAUACAUGUACAUUGAACUUUUUUC